ACAACACUACAGAUCUAUUACAUUUAUUGAGUAGUCAUGGCCAACGACAAGAAAAGACAAGCUAUCUCCCAGGUUGUAACCAGAGAAUACACGAUUAACCUGCACAAAAGAAUCCAUGGAAUUGGUUUCAAACGCAGGGCACCUCGUGCAGUAAAAGAGAUCAAGAAGUUUGCUGAGAAGAUGAUGGGAACUCCCGAUGUCAGAAUAGAUACUCGUCUCAACAAACACGUCUGGCACAAGGGUGUAAAGAAUGUUCCCUUCAGAGUACGAGUAAGGCUCGCAAGGAAGCGUAACGAAGAUGAAGACUCAAUCCACAAGUUAUACACCUUGGUCACAGUCGUUGAAGGAGUGGAAAAUUUCAAAGGAUUGACAACUCAGAAUGUUGAUGUCGACGAGUAAUAUGUAAUUUUUUAAUUUAUUUUAGAAAAAAUUG